UCUGCAGGCAGAACAACCAGAGAUGCAGAGUCAACCCAGAGAUGAGAGGACUCUGGCACUGCAUGCUGUGGCACUCUUUUUUUUAGGUUACAAUGCUUUGCAUGCCACGGAAUGACGGGGGACAUUUUAAAGGCGGUUCCCCUGAAGUGGUGAGGUGCGGCUGGAGGAUCUCAAUUUGAUAGAGGACUCAGACCGGACAUUUUGACCUCAGGCAUCGUAGCAUUUGACACUUGUUGAAUUACGACAAAAUGAAGAAAUUUCUUCAGAAUAAGAAAGGGAGAUACUCCUUACGGCAGAACAAGCCGGGCCCUCGCAAUCCACCCAAAGAUUUUCUCCUCACCAUGCCAGCAUCCAACCAGUGCUGGCCAGAGGAGUUUGGCUUUCAGAUAGGGGGGAAUGGACCCAGCUACAUCCUAACUGUGGAGGAGGGAAGCAGUGCUCACCUGUCUGGCCUGCAACCUGGAGACCAGGUCUUGGAGAUCGAAGGCCAGAAUGUUUCCAGCCUCAAUGCUCAAGAGGUCAUUGCCCUGGCCCAGUCACAAAGAAACAUCCCACCCAGCAUAGGAGUAGUCUCUCGCAUCCAACAGAUGGAUGUCACCCCAGGUCCCGAUGGACGCUUCGGAUUCACUAUAGUUGGAGACUGCCCCCUGCUGGUUGAGGAUUGCUCCCCAUGCUCCCCAGCUGGUCGCAGUGGUCUCAGGGCUGGAGAUUAUGUCAUGGAGGUGAAUGGGAUUCCUGUGAAGCACCAUGAGAUGGCAGCAGCUUUAAUCAAGGCCUCUCAGGGCCGAACGCUGCGUCUGGGGGUGUUGUGCAUGGGUCGACAUAAACGCAGCAGUGGCAGCCUGGAGGUACCUCAGAAAGGCACGGAUGGCAUGCGUCAGGACCGCAAACACAAGGCCUUGGAGUUCAACAGAAGGGUUGAGGAGAUUUUAAAAAAGGAGCCAGAGGUAAAGGAGAAGCUGUUUGCCGUAUUGAAACAGUUCGCUGCUGAGAGGAAGGUGGAUUGGCUUGCUUCUGUUCUCCCUGACAUCUUGACAACCCAGGAGCAGCAACAGCUCAUCUCAAACAUCAGGAUCUUCAUUCCCAAGAAGCACCGGCAGCGUUUCGACGAGGCCGUGUCACAGAGUCUCCUGAACCGCAUGUGUCGCAGCAAAAGCCUGACCGAGCCCCAAAACAGGCUGCGUCGCAGCCGGAGUCAAGACCACCACGAGCGUCCACAGGGCUCCAAACGUGCCAGCUCUGUGCCCAGAGACACAGGCGAUGACCCGGCCCAACCCGAGCGUGGCCUUAGAAAAAGCGCCACCAUGGUUCCCAGCCACUACACCACCGGAGUCAACCAGAGAACCAUCCGUGUGUACAGGGGUAAGAAGAGUUUUGGGUUUACUCUGAGAGGCCACGCCCCUGUGUGGAUCGACGCUGUAAUAGCAGGAAGUCCAGCUGAGGCUUGUGGCCUGAAACCAGGAGACCGCAUAUUGUUCCUUAAUGGACUAGACAUGAGGAACUGUUCCCAUGACAAGGUGGUGUCCAUGCUGCAGGGCAGUGGUGCCAUGCCCACUCUAGUGGUGGAGGAGGGUCCGGUAGAUUAUCCUCUGUCAGAUUCAGAACCAGAGGACACGCCCACAGUUCCUCGAUCACGGUCUCCGGCCCUCAGCUCGCUGCAGUGGGUGGCUGAGAUCCUGCCCCCCAGCAUCCGGGUGCAUGGCCGUACCUUCAGCCAACAACUUGAUCACCUCCUCACCCUACAAGAAAGAUACACCAUCUGCAAAGCACUGGAGACCUUCUUCCAGCACAGGAAUGUGGACACACUCAUCGUGGAUGUGUUUCCAGUGCUGGACACACCGGCCAAGCAGCUGAUCUGGCAGUUCAUUUACCAGCUGCUGACCUAUGAGGAACAGGAACACUGCAAGAACAAAAUCGCCCGCUUCUUGGGCUUUAAAAGCGCAGAACCAGAACUUGCGCCAGAUACACACAGACGCAGUAGCUCCAUGCGAGUGUCGGGUUCCUCUCACAAAAACACUGUGAGGGAGAGAAGCUCGGAUGAUUGCAUCAUCGGCACUCACCUCGGAAUGGGAACAUUCACUGACCCUGCCACUCCGGAGGAAAGACAGUGUGGGGAUGGUACUUCCUUCCCAGAAUCCCCAGAUCUCAGCCACAUGUCAGGAGUGUACACGGAGCUUGGGAACAUGUACGUCGGGAAGAGCAACAACAAUCUCCAGAGUCACCCAUCGCCCAGGGCUGUCGGCAUGGGCCAUGCAGAAAAUAAUACAUACACUCAGUCUUUCACACACGGUAACGCAGGGAACCGUAAAUCAGGUCUCUCUCUAUCGUGGACUGAAUCCUUUCCUGGCCCUCAGUUUGAGCCUUACCAGCAGACUGUUCCUUCUCCGGGCAGUGUGGAGUCUAAUCCUUACGUUAGUUUGGACAGCCCCCCUGCCUCUCCUCUGCCUUCUGAUGAGACCCCCAGCCCUCUGCCCCACCGCAGAAAACUCUUCACCUUCUCACGACCACCUCGCAGCAGAGACACCGACAAGUUCCUGGAUGCUCUUAGCGAGCAGCUGGGCCACCGUGUCAAUAUCGUGGAUGAUUUUAAAGGAGAGAACGACUAUGAGGAGAUGAGUUUCCAAGAUGAACAGGAAGUGAACAUGCUCCCUCAUGAACUGAGCAGCGCCAGCAGUGAAGAUCACAGCAGCGAUGACUCCACCUCAGUCUCCUACUCUUCAGGCUCCGACCACAUCCCCCCUCCCCCACAGAGUCCUCCGCCCCCGCCGCCUCCCCUACAGUUCACGGACCCUCCCUCGCCCCUUCCCAUCACCCCGGAACACCUCCCCCGACCUCCCCCUGCCUUCCAGUACCACCCCAUUAUACCACCGCCCCCUCCGCCACCCCGCCACUUCCUCACUAAUCGCCCUUACCUGCACAAAGUUCUGCCCACCAGUGACCAACUCAGGACCCAGCAUACCCAUCCACGACGCUCCUCCCCCCAACCUAGCGCUCAGCCGGUUCUCCAGCUGCACCAACCUAAAGCCCACCCCAUCCUGCAGUCCUCCCCGCAUACGUCUCCUCAGCCUCCGCAUACAAAAACACAGCACACUCACCUGCGACAUCACACCCCGUCCUUAUACCAGAGCCAGCAGACCUCUGUCGCCAGAACGCCCCCCAGCCAGCCCAAACAACAGAUCCACCAUUCCAAGCCUUCCCAGCAAACAUAUGAAGGUACGCUUUUAAGCAAGGUACCCCCACCACCUCCACCUCCUCUACCCCCACCAUGUGAUCCUCCACCCUUACCAAAACCCAGCCCGAAAGCCUCUGACAACAACCACAUGAGCGUGAAGAGAUUACGGUGGGAGCAGGUGGAGAACUCUGAAGGAACUAUCUGGGGACAGCUGGGAGAUGAUCCUGAUUAUCAUAAACUGAGCGACAUGGUGAAGUACCUGGAUCUGGAUCUGUACUUCGGCACGCAGAGGAAUUCCAUCUCUCUUCCAGAACCCGCGUUCCUGCCCGAGAACUUUAAAAAGAAAGACGUGGUAGAGAUUCUGUCCCAUAAAAAGGCCUACAACGCCUCUAUCCUCAUUGCACAUCUGAAGCUGGCGCCGACGGAGCUACGAGAAAUUCUCAUGACCAUGAGCACGGAGCGUCUGGAACCCUCGCACAUCAAACAACUGCUGCUGUACGCCCCCGACGAUGAGGAGGUCAAACAGUUUCAGAAUUACCACCAAGACCCAGCCAAACUCAGUGAGCCCGACCAGUUUGUCUUACAGAUGCUGCUUGUGCCGGAGUAUAAGACCAGACUCAGAAGUCUUCUUUUUAAGACCACAGUGCAGGAGAAAACGGAAGAAAUGAGAGCUGCUUAUGAGUGCAUCUACAAAGCCUCUUUAGAGCUCAAAAACAGCAAGAGGUUGGCCAAGAUUUUGGAGUUUGUUUUAGCUAUGGGAAAUUAUCUGAAUAAUGGUCAGCCAAGGACGAAUAAAACAACAGGGUUCAAAAUUAACUUUCUUACUGAGCUAAACACAACAAAAACGGUUGAUGGAAAGUCAACCUUCCUCCACAUUCUUGCCAAAUCACUAUGCCAACACUUCCCAGAACUCAUCAGCUUCGCCAGUGAUCUCAUAACAGUGCCACUCGCUGCCAAAGUCAAUCAGAGGACCAUUACUGCUGAUCUCGGUGACCUUCACUCUACAAUCCAAGAAAUAAGAACCGCCUGUGUGAAAAUCUCAGCUACUGCAGAGGAUCAUUUCGCAGCAGUUAUGAGUAGCUUUCUAGAGAACUGUCACCCAUCUGUGCAGUCACUAGACUCCCUGCAGCAAAGAGCUAUGGACGAGUUUAAUAAAGUGGCUUCUUACUUCGGAGAAGACAGCAAUGUCACAACCACCGAAGCUUUCUUUGGCAUCUUCGCUGAAUUUAUCUCCAAAUUUGAGAGAGCACUCAAUGAAAUACAAGGAACAGAAAACCCUAGAAGCCCCCGGAUAGCCUCACCGCUAGCAUGGUGAAAGCAGGUUUAACAGUGUCUGCUCUCGCUGUUACCCUGAAUGCCCAUGUGCCAUAACAGAGAACUUGAUGGUGCUGAAGGAAACGGACCUUAUACAUCUGACAGAUGGAUUAGGAAAAUCUUUAGAAUAAAGAAUCUCUACAUAUUUAUAUUAAGUCUAUUAGCAUAGCUUAAUUAUUAUAGAAUUCUGUAUUGAGAAUAUAAUAAAGCAGAUUAGAUAUGGUAUUUUUGAUGGUAUAUUUUGGUAUUGUUGUUCAGAACUCCAGGAAUGGUUUAUUAACCCUCACAAGUAAACAUUAGUCAGGAGAACGCUUUAACAGCACAACCAAUGUGAAUGAAUGUUUAACCCUCUCAUUCUGAUGCCAAAUGUAUUUUAACAGUAUUUUAACAACAAAAAAACUACACAGUAUUUUUUCAUUUCACACGUAUGUGAGUAAUACUUACUUGGGAACAUAAUUGAAGAAACAAAGCUACUUUUUCUCAUCCAAAAGUCAGUAGUGGGUUACACCUCGCAUGAGUAUAUGUGGUAGGUUUAACAUGAAAUUUUCAACUAUGAGUUAUCUUGUUAUGGGGAGUGUAAGUAAUGACAUUUCACAUUGUUAAAUGGCACAAGGACACUCUCGGUUUAAUAUGAUUCCAGGUAUGUAGCUUUAUUUGACUUCUUAGGUCUACCAUUGUUUAACAUGAUGCAUUUCUUCAUGUCUUGAUCUCAAAACUCUUAACAAAUGCAUGACUUUCCUUAUUGCCUGUCUUUGUUUCAAAACAACAUUUCUGUAUUUUUCUAGCUCCGUGUUGAAACCUUCAUGAUUUAUCAAAGACAUCUAUGAUGAGAACUUACAAUUUGCAUGUAGCAGAGUAUUUCUAUUUAUGUAACGUAUUACUUAACUGUUUAAAUGUUUAUGUAUCAAUAUUUGUUAUAUUGAAGUACCAUUUUAUCAAAUUAGUUCAUAUUUAAUAUUUGUGUAUGCGUGACUAGCCCUAGUGUUUUCCAGAGCAGUCCUAUAUUGGCUUCAGUAUUGAUGGGCCACAUAUUGCUGCAUUUUAAUGAGAUGUCCAAUUUGUUUUGCCUGAAUAAACAAGCUUUUG